CCGCUGAUUCAGGACUACCCUUCCCUCCUCUCGCACGGCUCUCCUCCCUCGCCCCGUCGCCUCCACUCCGGCAACCCGCCCUACCCGCCGCCAUGCCGACAUGCCGACGCCGACCGCCGGCACGCGGCCCGACAACCCAGACCCCGCCUCCGCGCGCCCACGCCGCCGGCUCACGCGCCUCGGCCGGGGUCCGCUCCGUCGCCCGCCUUGACGGCCCGGCCGGGCCCACCACGCGCCGCCUCGGGCGCGCCCGUAUCCUUGUCGGUGCGGGCUGGGGCCUAUAUAAGCCCCUGGACGCGCGCCCGCCCGCGCCCAGGCGCUUCCCCUAUCGCGAUCGAGGCAGUUGCUGCGGUUCUGCCAAGAGGCGGUGCGGUUCCCAGAAACGCCGAGAUCGGAGGCUUUCGUUGGCGGCUUUCCCCGCUGGCAUUGGCUGCCGGAGGUCCUUGAUUCUGCGAACAAACUCGACGGAUUGUCUUAGGUAUUUUGGUUAUUAAAUGGCUAUUAUUGAAGCAUUGGAUAGAACACCGGCUUCUGUUACUGGGUCUUCUCCUGCAGUCAGUCCAGAAAACUUCAUCAAAUGUAUGAGGAAGUUUUAUCGGCACUGGAAGGAGGAUGAUACUGAGAUAUGGGGAUCUUCGUGUGCAAUUGCUGUUGCUACUCCUCCACCCUCUGAAGACAUUCGAUAUCAGAAAUCAUUAGCCUUGAGCACGUGGUUUUUUGGUCAUCAGUUCCUAGAAACUAUAAUGGUCUUUCUCAGUAGGCAGAUUCAUUUCGUGUGCAGCCAAAAGGACAGUGAUGUGCUUAAACCUUUGAAGAUGCUUGUUUCUAAAGAAGUCGGUGUUGAUAUCGUGUUGCAUAUACUGAAAAAGGGUGAUGAUGGAUCUGCCUUAAUAGAUGAGAUCAUACGUGCUGUAUGUGCGCAUUCUGAAUCAAACAAUGUUGUUAUUGGUCACUUAGCAAGAGAGAAGCCUGAAGGCAAGUUUCUUGAAGCAUGGUCUGAAAAGCUGCACAGAUCGAGGUUAAAGCUUUUUGAUGUGUCAAGUGGCAUCUCUGAACUUCUUGCUGUGAAAGAUGCCACCGAGAUUAUGUAUGUGAAGAAGGCUGCAUUUUUGGCUGCUUCGGUUAUGCGGAAGUAUGUAGUUUCUAAGGUGGAGAAGAUCAUAGAGGAUGAAAAGAAGAUAGCACAUUCAAAGCUGAUGGUUCUGACAGAGAAGAUACUACUUUCCCCAAUAAAUGUAGAUGUUAAACUGAAGGCAGAUAAUGUUGACAUAUGCUACCCACCUGUUUUUCAAAGUGGAGGCAAGUAUGACCUUAGGCCAUCUGCUUCUAGCAACGAUGAUGAUCUGCACUAUGAUUCUGGAAGCGUCAUCAUCUGUGCUCUGGGAGCCAAGUACAGUGGCUACUGCUCAAAUGUCGCAAGAACCUUCCUGAUUGAUUGUAAUGCAGAAAAAUGCAAUGCAUAUAAAGUCCUCCGUCAGGCGCAUGAUGCUGCUAUUGCUGCUUUGACACCAGGUAGCAAGUGUUGUUCCAGUUAUCAGGCUGCAGUUACUGUGAUCAGGGACAAAGCUCCUGAACUUCUUCCUUUCCUUACCAAGUCAGCUGGAACAGGAAUUGGUAUCGAGUUCCGUGAAUCUUGGCUGUCCUUAAGUGAGAAAAAUGGCCGGACGCUAAAGGAAGGGAUGAUUUUCAAUGUUUCACUUGGGUUUCAAAACCUUAUAGACAAGACCAACAAUGAGAAGACCAAGGAAUUCUCCCUAUGGCUAGCUGACACUGUUCUGGUCUGCAAGGAAAAUCCAAAAGUCUUGACAUCUUUUAUCUCCAAGGCUGACAGCGAUGCCUUCUACUUAUUUGAUGAGGAAAAUGCAGGAUUACCUGCUGUGAAACAAGCUCCGGAAGCAAACGUUAUGGUCCCGGUUAAACCAGUGCUAAAUCCAUUGAGAGAAAAUCUGCGAUCCCAUAGCAGGACACCUAAGGAGGAACUUAGGAAACAGCUUCAGUCAGAAAUCUUAAAGAAGAAAACAAGUGAGGCAGCAGUGAGAAGUGACGUUGCUGAUCAUAAGUUGUUGGAGGGGCUUGGUCGUUCCAGAGCUAUGGAUGAACUGGUUGCAUAUAAGAAUGCAAAUGAUGUGCCUGUUUCCAAUCGACUGGACAUUAUUCAGGUGGACAAACAGAAUGAGGCUAUCCUGUUACCAAUAUAUGGAGUUACUGUUCCCUUUCAUGUUUGUACCAUAAAAAAAGCAGAAAUUCGUGGGGAAAGCAGCAGUGGAGUUUAUGUCAGCAUUACAUUUAAUGUCCCUGGCACUGCUUCUGGUCUUCAAGAUCCCCGCUUGCAGAACCUUAUUUUUUUGAAAGCAGUCACCUUCCUCUCAAAAAACAGAAAUCAUGCUGAAGAGGUUAUUAAAUCGGUGAAGACUGUUCAAAAAGGAGUCACCGAAAGAGCUAGGAGAGCGAGCUUGGUUAGUCAGGAAAGGCUUCAACUAUGUGACGGAAUGAGCAGGGAUAGGAUUCAGUUUCCUGAUUUGUGGAUACGGCCAUCAUUUGGUGGCCGUGGGCGGAAGGUCGCUGGAACUUUGGUGGCCCAUGUCAAUGGUUUUCAAUAUUCUGCAUCGAAAACUGAAAAGGUGGAUAUUAUGUUCAGCAACAUAAAACAUGCCUUCUUCCAGCCAGCUGAGAGAGACAUGAUAACGCUGCUCCACUUCCAUCUGUACAAUGAAAUCAUGGUGGGCAACAAGAAGACUAGAGAUGUGCAGUUCUACACUGAAGUGAUGGAUGUUGUGGACGCGGUUGGUCUUAAGCGCCAUUCAGCACGGGAUCCUGAUGAGAUUGAGGAAGAGCAGCGUGAUAGGGCACGAAGGAAGAAAAUAAAUGGACAGUUUGAGCUGUUUGUGAAAAGGGUUGUUUCCGUUUGGUCGCAGCCAAGAUUUCAGCAGCUCGGCUUACAUUUUGAAAGGCCAUCACAGAAGCUUGGCUUCAAUGGAGUCCAUGGCAGAACUACUUGUUUUAUAGUUCCUACUCCUAGUGGCCUGGUACAGCUUGUUGAGUCACCGUUUCUUGUGACUUCGUUGAGGGAGGUUGAGAUAGUAUGCUUGGAAAGGGUGGCCCUGGGGCAGAAAUCCUUCGACAUGGUGUUUGUAUUUCAAGAUUUAAAGCGAGAUGUUGUCCGCAUAGAGGUCAUUCCAAUGGCAUCUCUUGACAAGAUCAAAGAUUGGCUUAAUGACAGCAACUUGAAGUACUAUGAAUCAAAGCUGAACCUCAACUGGCGAAUGGUCCUCAAGAAGCUCGACGAGCCAGGUUGUGACACAAAUGACAGGUGGGAAUUCUUGAAUCCAGAUGCUACUGACUCAGAUUCGGAGGAUUCCGAGACAGACGAUGAUAAGUACGAACCUUCUGAUGCGGAGUCAGCCUCUGAUUCGGAUGAUGAAGACAGCGACAGCGAAUCGGUGGUGGAUUCUGGCGAGGAUGAGGCUGUCUCGGCUGGCUCAGAUGACGACGACGACGCUGCCGAGUCAUGGGACGAGAUGGAGCGCAAGGCGAGGGAUGCCGACAUGGAGAUGGGCAGCGAAUCCGACAGCGAAGACGAGAGGCAGCGGCGGAGGGAGAAAGCAAAACGGCAGUUGAAUCCCCAGCAGUCCAAGGGUGUUCCCCAGAAGAGGCAGCGUGUCAACUGAAGGCUAGAUUUCGGUUCCUCCUAGCAGUAGUAGUAGUUUCGAUUUCACUGCGAGUUUUUAUCCAUGCCCUUUUGGCGUCUGUCGUCUCCAGUAGUGGUGUUGACUUAUUGCUAUAUACUUCCAGCUAGCAGUUUUGCAUAUUUCGAAGACAAGUUCUAAAUAUAUGCCCCUGUCAUUUCUAACACGUCAAGUUUUCUA